AUGAACUCGGACGGUACAAUUUUCGGUCAGGACGACCUCUUUUGGUCCACAUACCUCCGAGGCCGUCCCAAGGUCCCAGACACCUUCUUCACGCGCCGUCUGCGUACCCAGUUCGACCAUAUCAUUGUAUCUGAUAUUGUUCCUGAAAAUAUCAAGUUGGCCCGGGCUCGUCUUCUCGCCGAAGCCCCGGAAUCACGCCCCCCGUCCCCAGGCUACAGCUUUCGUGUCGCCAGUCUCGAGUCAGCUUACGAUAUCCCCCCUGGAUCGGUUGACCUGAUCUUUGCCACAAACGUCAUGCACUUUGCCGAGCCCCAAGAUACCGCCAUGGCCGUCCUCGCCCGCCAGCUGCGGCCCGGAGGCACCUUUGCCGCCGCCCUAUUUGGUCCGGCCAACUUUGACGAUGAUGAGGUACAAGCCCUAUGGGGGGAAAUCAGCCAGACGGGCGGGCGAGAGCUGCUGCGUGGAGCUGACCAGCCAGAGCACACCAAGCGCGUCAUGGCUCGAACCCAAGGUAAAUACAACGUGGCACCGCUGUCGAGUAGAUUGUUCGAGGCUGGUGCGCAGCGACUACAUUUCAAUAUGGGCGAUCACGGAGAGCGUGGCAUCCAGGGCAUGCUGCCACCGGAGGAAACAUACUCCGUUAAAGAGUUAGAUUACACGGGACCCGAUGACGUUGAACGUUUUGCCAAGGACAAAGACUGGGACUUCGAGACGGAUUUGGUCGGUAUCAAGGAACACUUCGCAUCAUUUCCAUUUGUCUCUAAGUUUCCUGGUGCUUUUGUGGACCUGUAUGCGGAACUGGACAGACUGGUUGGCGACAAGAAAGUACGUGGUACAUUUCCGGUCAAGAUCAUAUUGGCCACUCGGCAUUCAGACUAG